AUGCGUCUGGCUUCUAUUUAUCGCAACAAAUAUAUCGUGCUUUCGCCAGCUGGCGCAGAAUACCGCGGCUCCACGGGACUUGUCUAUCUCACGGACUGCAGAUGGAUUGUGUCGGCCGUUUGUCAUAUAUUCGGAGAAGCGUCACAAGGAAGCACGAGUGGUAUGUCGUUGCCUUCUGCUGCACAUGUUCGCCAGGGAAAGAAGUUCCGCACUGUGGGACGAUCGUCCCAAAUAAAACACUAUCGCAUCGUGGGACGCGGUGGAGGCAUCCCGAGGCUGCACAAGGUCAGCGGUAUGCCCACCAAGCGGAUUGCUCUUCCAGCCAGGAGGUGUAUGCUGCUGGGCAAGAUGGACAACACCAAGGCUCGAAGCAUCAGCCACUCCGGAAAGCGCACUCAUCGAGCGCAGAAGGUCAACUUGCAGUGGAAACGAAUAUGGUGCAUUUCCAAAGGGCACUACGUGCGCCUUCGCCUGUCGAUGAAGGGGCUGAAGACGAUCAAGCGGUUUGGUCUCGAGGAGGCGGCGCGACGCUUCAACCUUAACCUCAACAACCCAAAACUGUUCGCUGGGUAUGCAAAUCUGAAGCCGAAAAAACCGAAGGAAGAAAUUGUGGAACACGAGUAUUUCUUGGAAGAUAUACCUAUAGAUAGCUGA